UUUUAUACAUUCAUGCAACCUCUACAUACUUGGUUUAUUUUUAGAUGCGACAUAUCUGGAGUCGACAUCAUCUCAAUUUUAUGAAUUCGGGUCACAGCAAUUUGUUAUGUUCGGACCUAUCAAAUCGAUUUGAAGAAGAUUAGAGAAAAUUUUUAAUUUCAGUACUUUCUCGAGUCGUGAAAUGCUAUUUAUUUUAGUCUGGAUGCAAACAAUUCUUUCCAUGUCAUUUUCUUUUAAAAAUAAAUUCCAAUUUGCAAAAAACUUAUUUUUCAAAACUACAAUAUGUUUACAAAUAGGUAUACAUUAUAAGAUUAACAAUAAACUAAUUCCCGUUCAAUCCGACACUCUCAAAUCUAAAAACAUUGAUCGCGAGCUAUCAGAAAGUAAAAUCAAAAGGGGAAUUAGAAAAUUAGUAAAAGAUAUUGAAGAUAAUGCAACCCAAUCGUUCAACGUAGAAAGUUUUAAAGAAUUCUGAUGACAUUAUCUAAUUUUUAAGUUCAAAAAGUGUAAAAUUGAAACAUUAAAUAAAGU